AUGUCCACCGCGGACAGCCCUCCAGUCCCCGUGGACUCAACCCUCCCACCACCAGCAAUACGGGACGUUCUCCGCCUGUGUCUCAGCGCCAAAGAAUACCGAUUCCUCCACGAAUCAGCGCUGAAACGCGCCCCGGCAGUGCAAAGCAAGUUCCCAUCGCCAUCUCGCUUCGAUGCCAUCGUCCGCCCGAAGAACAGACACAGCGAGGCCGCCCUGCGCGCCUCGCUCCGCGUCUUCGUCGGCUCAGGAGUCGCGCUGAAGUUGGCGGAUCUCCUGAUGGCCCGUUUCCAAGGCGCUGCUACAGAGAAAAACACUCGAACUUCCCUCCUCCGCUCUCCCAAGUUUCGCCUUUCCAUCUCCUUGUCCCUCCUCCUCUUCAUCCACCGUCUCCUCUACCGCUUCCUCGUUCGACUGCGGGCAAAUCUCCGCACAGAAGAUGCGCAGCCCUUCAGAGAGCGCAACCCGCGCGUUUCCCAGGCCCUAACUUCCCGCUAUGCGCCAGCCAUCGGUGCAAGUCUUGCGGGCUUUGCCCUGGGCAUCGCUCCACAGGACCAGCUCCGAUUAACUGCGGUGAUCUAUACCGCCAUGCGCAGCUUAGAGUUCUCAUUUAAUGUUUUGGAUUCGAAGGGGUGGCUGGGAAAGCGCCCGAAAUGGUUUGGCAGCUGGCUGUUGAUGCCUGUUGCGCUCGCGCAGCUUUUCCAUGCCUUUGUUUUUGAUCGCGAUACUACGCCUAAGUGGUUUGCAAAUGUUGUCCUCAGACUCUCGCCGAGUUAUAUCCAGAGCCGACCGGAGUCGCUGCCGGAUAACAUUGCUUGGCCGGAGAAGGAGGAGAUUGUGAACUCUCUCGCAUCUAUUGCGGAUCUCCGCUGGCCGGCAUUCGUUUCUCCCAUUCUACACCCCGGUGACUCUAACACGUUGCCGUCAGCGGUGUCUUCUAUUUCGCCAAUUACUGGACCAGCACAUCCCGCGAUUACGAGUCUAUCAUGCGCUCUCUUGCACCCCAACCUGCCGAACUGCGGCACGGCAUUCCUGCAUCAAAUUCUCCUUUCAGUGCCGAUGCUUGCGCGAUUCUUAACAACUGUCACGCUGGCGCUCUCAAUCCCCAAACUCAAGAGAAUCAUGCUCCAGCCUCUGUCAUCGGUUAACAGCAUGUCGAAACGCAUAAUUACCAUAACAGCGGUUCUCUCAGCUGCCAUUGGCUCAACCUGGGGCAGUGUCUGUCUUUUGGACAAGAAUCUGCCUCGCUCCACGCUCCCUACCAAGCGUUUCUUUAUCAGUGGAGCAUUGGGUGGUCUACCAUUUAUGUUCCUGGGCAACAGCCGCACAACCUUUCUCUAUUUUUUCCGGUCCGCUAUCAUGUCGGCGUACAAAACUGGAAUCAAGCGCGGACUGUGGAAGGGCCGAAGAGGCGGUGAGUUGUUGUUAUUUGUUUCAUCCUGGGCGUUGAUGGGGUCGAUCCUUGAGGCGAACCCUGCAGCCGUGCAGGGCGGCGGUCUGCGAAAGGGCUUGGCUUGGUUAAGAGGUGAUGGAUUUACGGAUCCAGUGGAUGUUGCUGCGAAGCGUAAAUUGCGACGGGAAAAGAAGACCAACGAGCAGGAAUAA